AUGUACGGUGUACCUCUGGAGUGCUGUGAAUGUGCCAUUCCAAUUGCAGAUGAUGGGGCACUGCGGGCUGUACUUCUCGUGCCUUGUCAACAUCUUCUUCACGUGGGGUGUGUGGACUAUAUUCGCAAACGAAGAAAACUACACCAACUUAUUGACGGAGCGGAUUUAAAUGGAAUUGUGACAACGACUCCCUUUUUGCAGAGUAGUAGUAGUGAUGUUGAUGCUACUUUUGAAAAUGCAAACAUCACAUCUACUACCUCCAGUAAUAAUAGUAACAGUAAGGAUGAGAAGAGUAAUACAAUUCACAGCGAUAAGCAUAGUCGUAUUGUUGCGUGUCCGGCAUGUCAUUCCCCUAUUCAGAAACUUAUUCCAUUAUUCCCCAGCAUAGGAGAUAUGCAUAGACCGACCAAUGACAAUAACAGUGGUGUUGCUUUACAAUAUGGGAAAGUACAUCAUAAACAGAAGACUAAUAUUGCUCAUCUUCGUGCACUUUAUGAACAACGAAAAAAUGUGACACAGUUAACACGCACUUGUGCCUUACUGCAUGAGAGACUUUCAGAAGUGCAAGCAGAGGUUGAUUCCUUGUCGAAGAUUCUUCCAAAUCCAUUACCCUUAGUGAGUGGAUCAAGAGUAUCUGAAGAUGAACUUUGUGUAGAUGGCAUGACAGCCACAGAGCUAGAAUUAUACAUAACACAAUCAUCUUCUACAUUAGAACGAUUAGAACGUGAAGUACGUGAACAGCGACGAUUGACUGAACGAAGACGAAAAAAGUUGAGUUCCUUGAAAUCACGCUAUCAUGCACAAAAGGAGCCAACACCUAAAAGAUUAGCUGGUGAUAGAAUAAAGGAGGGUAUAGAGUCCAGUGAUGGUGAAGGGAAAUGCGACACGCUAAAUGAUUGCAGACGUCCACGUUCAGCACCGGUUGUAGAUGUGGAUGAAGAAGAAGAAAAAGAAAAAGAGAGAAAAUCAUCAGCUGCAUUACAAGUAAUGGUUGUUUCCUCAGUAGAGGGUAGUAAUGCGGAGGAGAGUGGUUCUGAUGAUAAUAGUGAUGAUGUGAUCUUUGUUGACCAGACAACACCUCCCAUCGCUAGUACCACCAGUAGGAGUGAUAGUCGUGGUGCGGCAGAUGCUACUACGGGUGGCUUUGUCUAUACCGGGCAAACAUAUCCAAUCACAGAAUAUAUGAGUCCUGGUAAUAUCAACAGCGACAAUAUCACCGAUAGUAAUGCAGCUGAUGUUGAUGAUGAUAGUGAUAUUAUGAGAUGCUACAAUCAUUUACAGCAGGUAACAUCAACACGACAAAGGACGAUUCAUCCCUCUAAUGCUGUGCGUCUUCUUCCAAGACGUGAAGAUCGACUUUGGCAGUCAUCGCUGGAAGGUCUUCUGUAG